AUGGACGCGAAGCCAGUUGAUGAUCCUCCUCAUUCCACUGAAAAAUAUGAUGAAGGCGCAUUAAAGCCCGAGCAACAAAUUAAAAUCAAUGAACUGAAGAUCAAGAAACGCAUCGAAAAUGAACGUUAUCUUCAGCAACAUCCUGAAUUAAAUAUUCUGUUACGAGAUUUCAUGCGACAAGCUUGCUUACAAAAACCUACCGAUAUUCGUCAGUUUGCAGCUGGUUAUUUUACUCAUCCGAUGUUGGAAAAACGUAUAGAAAAUUUAAUCAAUCAACAAAUCGAAAAUGUCAACUCAGAUAUCAAAGUGAUCGGAGAAGAUAUAUUUCAACGUUAG